AUGGCGGGGAGGGGAAAAUUGAUCGCAGUGAUCGGAGAAGAGGACACGGUGACUGGUUUCCUGCUGGGCAGCAUCGGGGAUCUUAACAAGAACCGCCACCCUAAUUUCCUGGUGGUGGAGAAGGACAAGACCAUCAGUGAGAUUGAAGACACUUUCCAGCAGUUUCUCAACCGGGAUGACACUGGCAUCAUUCUCAUUAACCAGUACAUCGAAGAGAUGGUGCGGCACGCCCUGGACACCCACCAGUGCUCUAUCCCGGCUGUUCUGGAGAUCCCUUCCAAGGGGCACCCCUAUGACGCUGCCAAGGACUCCAUCCUGCGCAGGGCCAAUGGCAUGUUCACUGCAGAAGACCUGUGCUAG